AUGACAAGCCACAGCUCGCCGCUUCCGCUGACUGCUCUCCGCGCCUUCGCCAACAUCAGCCCAGCCAGCGGCAGCAGCGGCCCCAGCGCCCCCGCACAAACGCCCGGCUCGCCCGCGACGCCCACGCGCAGUGCUGCUGCGCUCUCCCCAGCCGCGCGCACCUUCCAGCCCCUCCGAGAUGGGGCCGCAGCCGCCAACCUCUUCCUUCCGCUGCUUCCGUUGCCACCCUUGCCUGAGGAGCAGCAGGUGGCCGAUAACCACAUUUUGGGUAUUCUUCCGCAGCUCGCCGGCCCAAUUGACAACCUGCCGCUCGGGUUGGCGGGUGGUUUGCCCUUCCCAGCCGCUGCAGCCGUGGCGGCGGCCGACCACGACAUCGCAGUAGAUAUCAACCAAGCGCCAGAUAUCAACCUUAUGCCUGCGCUGCCCGCUGACCCAGAUGGGGAGCAGGCUGUUGCUGCUGCUGCUGCUGCUGCUGUAGCACCUGCUCCACGGCACCUGCGGCCGGAUGCUGUUCCGCAUAUACCUCCAAACCUGCUGAACCUGCAGCCGCCGCCGCCGCCGCCGCCGCAGCAGCAGCAGCAGGCUGGCGGUCAGCUGCAGCAUCAAUGGCACCAAUGGCAGGAGCUGCUACAGCAAGUACACCAGCAGAUGCACCACAUGCAGCACCAGCUGCAGCAGGCACAACAGGCGCAUCAGCAGCUGCAGGAGCUUCACCAGGAGGCGCAGGACGCGCUACAGCAGGGUGCACAGAAUGUGCUACAGCAGGCGGUACAGCAGGCCGUGCAGGAGCUGCAGGCAGCGGCGCCGCUUCCGCCGCCGGCGGCAGCUCCGAUCGCUCCUGUAGCAGCGGCUGCGGCGCCGCCGGCGGCGGCACCCGCCGCAGAGCAGGUGCCCGAGGCGCCGCCGCAGCCGCGUGACCCGGAGACGGAUUUGGAGCCCGGCGUGUGGCUCAUGAAGGACGUGCCGGCGGCGGAGGGCGAGAGCGCCUCGGCUACAACAGCGGCAGCUGUAGCCGGCGGGAGCAGCAAGGCCGUGGCAAGCGUCGAGCCGAAGCUGAGCGACCCUGUCAUGGUUUUCCUCCGGUCUCUCAACAGCAACCAGCGCACUCGGGUUGUAUUCGCCAACGAGUCUAGUCGGAGUGUCACGGCCUUCUGGCUCAACUACGGAGGUCAGGAGGUGCCGUACGGAGCACUGCAGCCUGGCCAAGCUAAGCCCAAGCGUGUGAUCAUUACGUCCCCGCCGCCACUGCAGCACACGCGAGAGACCCACGCCGCAUUUCCGGCGGAUUACAAGGCCGCCAGUCGGGCUCUUCUCCUCACCUACCAGCGCUUGCAGCGUCCAGAUCUGCAAGCAGCAGCGUUGGCUGCAGCUGAGGCACAGCGUACCAUUGCCAACGUCAUGUGUCGCAUGUUCAGGAACGCCAUAUGCGCUGUCGUGCUGGCAGCGCAGCCCGCAAUGCAGGCCAUCGGCGUGUGCGCGCCCUCCACCGGCGACUCGCCGCCAAGUGCUGCGGACGCCGCCAACAUCCGCUGGCUCGACGGCGCCGCCAUCGGAGACGCCGCCGCUGACGCCGCUGAGUCGGACGACGGCUCUAGCCAGGUGGAUCGCACGCCCACAUGCGACCGCCGCGUGACGCCGUCGUCGGCUUUGGCCUCCGCACUUCUGGCGGCGGCGGCGCCGACGGCGACGGGUUCCCGGGAGCUCCAGGCUCCUGGCCUGGUCCAGAUGCGCGCUCAAUCGCCUCCGAAUGCGGAGGCUGCCGGCACAGGUGUCGUCGCGUCGUCGACAACACCGGAUCGCGGACCUCGCCUAACCCACAAGGGGGAACAGCAAUGUGUGGCUGUGAAUCUGUACAACCUGCCGGCGCGCAGCGGCGGGAAAUCCAAGGCGCGGGUGGAGACCGAGGCGGAGAAAUCGGCCUCUCGCCUGGGGGAGCUGCUGACGGAGCUGCCUCGCGAGCUGCAUGUGGCGCUGCACCCGCGGGGGUAUCCGGAUAUCCGACCCGCGCUGCUGCCUUCCAACCCAGCCACCUGGCCGCCACGACCUGCCGCGGAGCAGAAUGCAGUGUGA